AUGGCUCGCCACGGGGAUACUCGCUCACCGUCACCUGUAGGCAGCACGUAUUCUUCAUCCAGACGGAGUCGCAGAGAUGAUGAUCGCUACGAGAAGAGCAGGCGAGAUGAUGGGAGGAACUAUCGAAGAUCUCGUAGCCCUGAGAGACGAUACCGCGACCGCGACCGUGAUUCAUACCGGAGACGUGACCGCUCCAUAGACAGACGCGACGAUCACCGGGAUGAAGAUAGCUAUCGGCCAAGCCGGAGGGAUCGUUCUCGCGAUCGACGCCGAUCAAGGGAUAGAGGCGAUGACCGGGAUCAUCGCCGGAAAAGUCGCGAAAGAGAUUAUCGAAGCAGGCGAGAUGACUCCCGCGACCGGGCUCGGAGGCGAACAGACGAUUCUGCUGACUUGAAGCACAAGUCUAGACGGGACGAUAGUCGGACGAGGAAUCUGGAUUCCAAAUCGCGAGAGACCUCGAAGCCAUCCACCCCUGCGCCUGCGGCUCCAACCGAGGACGAGAAACGAGCUGAAAGACUGGCCAAAUUGGAAGCCUGGAAGCAAAAGCAAGCUGCUGAGAGAGAACGGAAGCAGCGCGAAGCCGCUGCAGCUGGCGGAGCAAGAAGUAUCUUGGAAGAGAUAGAUCGAAAAUCGGGUUUAUCACCGGCUGUUGGCUCUCCGCAAUCUCCAGCGACGCCUACCACAGAUGCCACUCCUGUUCAAUAUGCUGGCAAAUUCGACCCGAAGGCUAUUGUACGAAAUGCGGCACCGGCCCCAAGUGCACCUGCUGUGCUUGGUAACGAUAUUGCCGUUCCUCAGUCUGCCAAAGCGUCCGCUUCCUUAUCCUCCAUGAAUAAUCAUGUACAAGCUAACAAACCUCCAGCCGCCAUCAGCACCGCUUCAUCUACGUUGACAGCAAAACGGAAUGUUGGCGGUUUCGGGUUAGGCGCCAAGCAAGUUGCAGAUGCCGAGAAAUCGUCAGCAGUUAAGACUCUCGGUUUUGGUGAAGAGGAAUCCAAACGAAAGAAGCUGGAGCGUUUACCGACCCCUCCACUAGAGGAUGCGAAAGAUGAGACGGCGGCUGUGGAUGGCGCGGUAGAGGAUGAAGAUGAUGUCGACAUGCAGGACGGUGGGACUGAGGAGGAGAAUGCGGCCGCCGCACGAGCUGCUGCGGAACGGCGCGAAGAACGCUUGCAGAGUGAAGCUCUGCGAGCCCAGUCAAAAGAGGCUGCGCCUCAGCCCAACGGCGACGUCGAGAUGAAUGACGUCCCUCACCAACCAGAAUCCGAGAAAAUGGAGGUCGAUGCAGCGGAGGAGGAAGUUGACCCGCUGGAUGCUUUCAUGUCGGAACUGGCCGAGACCGCUCCGCCAAAGAAGACAACUGGCGCCAGAUUUGCCAAAGCGAAGGAACAGCAGCCCGAGGCGAUGUUCGGCGACGAACACGAUGCGGAUUUGACCGCUGUGGGCGAGGGUGACGCUGAUGAUUUCCUUGCGAUUGCUAACAAAGCUAAGAAGAAGAAGGACAUCCCGGCCGUUGACCAUGAGAAGAUGGAAUACGAGCCCUUCCGUAAGAAGUUCUACACCGAGCCUUCCAACUUGGCUGAAAUGACCGACGAAGAAGCUGCCAGCCUGCGGCUGGAACUUGACGGAAUCAAAGUGCGCGGAGUUGACGUGCCCAAACCAGUUAUGAAAUGGUCCCAGUGCGGGUUGGGCGUGCAGACCUUGGAUGUUAUACACAGGCUCGGCUACGAGAAUCCCACCUCAAUUCAAUCGCAGGCCAUUCCUGCAAUCAUGUCUGGCCGCGAUGUGAUUGGUGUCGCCAAGACUGGAUCAGGUAAAACAAUUGCUUUUUUGAUUCCUAUGUUCCGACAUAUCAAAGACCAACGGCCGCUGGAGAACAUGGAAGGACCUAUUGGGCUUAUCAUGACACCGACACGUGAGCUUGCGACUCAGAUCCACAAGGAUUGCAAGCCCUUUUUGAAGGCGUUGAAUCUUCGGGCCGUUUGUGCUUAUGGCGGCGCUCCUAUCAAGGACCAGAUCGCCGAACUGAAGCGUGGUGCCGAGAUUGUUGUGUGUACACCGGGACGGAUGAUCGACCUACUGGCGGCAAAUGGGGGCAGAGUGACUAAUCUGCGGAGAGUCACUUACGUUGUCUUGGACGAAGCGGAUCGCAUGUUUGAUAUGGGCUUCGAGCCCCAAGUCAUGAAGAUUAUGGCCAAUAUCCGACCCGAUCGACAGACGGUGCUGUUCUCGGCCACCUUCCCUCGCAACAUGGAGGCUUUGGCCCGUAAGUCGUUGACCAAGCCGAUCGAGAUCGUUGUCGGUGGCAAAAGCGUUGUCGCGCCUGAGAUCACCCAGAUUGUGGAGGUUCGCAACGAUGACACAAAGUUUGUACGGCUAUUGGAGAUCUUGGGCAACUUGUACUCAGAUGACGCCAACGAAGAUGCACGUGCUUUGAUUUUCGUUGAUCGUCAAGAAGCUGCGGAUACUCUCCUUCGAGAGCUGAUGCGCAAGGGUUAUCCUUGCAUGUCCAUUCACGGAGGCAAAGACCAAAUUGACCGAGAUUCUACGAUUGAAGAUUUCAAGGCCGGAAUUUUCCCCGUUUUGAUUGCCACCUCUGUCGCCGCGCGAGGUCUAGACGUGAAGCAGCUGAAGCUCGUUGUCAAUUACGAUGCGCCUAACCAUCUUGAAGAUUACGUUCACCGGGCCGGACGAACUGGUCGUGCUGGCAAUACGGGAACUGCAGUCACGUUCCUGACUGAAGAACAAGAGCGGUAUUCGGUGGAUAUCGCCAAGGCUUUGAAACAGAGCGGACAGCAGGUUCCUGAGCCCGUCCAAAAGAUGGUCGAUUCCUUUUUGGAGAAGGUCAAAGCGGGCAAGGAGAAAGCUAGCGCUUCUGGAUUCGGAGGAAAGGGUCUGGAGCGCCUCGAUCAGGAGCGAGAUGCAGCUCGGAUGCGAGAGCGGCGGACAUACAAGACAGGCGAGGAGGGUGAAGAUGAAGAAGACAAGGAAGAAAAGGCCGAAAAGGCGGACGAGCGGUUCAGCAAAGUUGUAUCGUCGGUGCAGUCUGCCGCCGCCGCCGCAACAACCCCCUUGCCUGGAGUCCCCAAGGGUAUCGAUCUUGAUGGCAAGAUUACGGUUCACAGGACCGAGAAAGACCCGUCGGGCGCGUCGAAGAACCCAUUGGACAAGGUGGGCUCGGCGGUCGCUGAUAUCCAUGCCCGUCUCAGCCGUGCUGGAGUCAUGCGGUCUGGUGUGCCGAUCGAUAACCGCGGACCUGACGCGGGAGCUUUCCAUGCAACGUUGGAGAUUAACGAUUUUCCUCAAAAAGCUCGUUGGGCCGUUACAAACCGUACGAAUGUGGCCAAGAUUCUGGAGGCUACUGGCACCUCUAUCACCACCAAAGGAAGUUUCUAUCCUGCCGGCAAGGAACCCGGACCUGGCGAGAACCCGAAGCUUUAUAUUCUUGUUGAAGGUGAAACGGAACUCUCCGUGACGAAUGCCAUGCGGGAGUUGAUGCGGUUGCUCAAAGAGGGCACCCUGGCCGCUGCCGAUAGCGACGCAAGAGCACCAGUGGGAGGACGAUACAACGUUGUCUAA